AUGUUUCAUCCGACAGAAGCACCUACUUUAUAUCCUACCGAGGAGGAGUUUUCCAACCCUAUCAAAUAUCUCAAUAGCAGGGAAAUCAUCAAGCUUGGUGAACAGUAUGGGAUCCUUAAAUUGAAACCUCCACAUGGCUGGAACGCUCCUUUUGCACUUGAUCCAGAUACGUUUAAGUUCCACACCCGGCUUCAAACUCUGAGCGAGUUGAGUUUGACCAAUAGAUCCAGGCAGUUCUGGCUUAGCGGAUUUAACAACUAUCUACAAAUGAAGGGGAAGGACAUGAUGGAGACGGGUUAUGUUGAGCUGAAAGAUGGCUCUUCUACUGUUACCGUUCAUCUUUAUGAUCUCUAUGUGGACAACCAGUUGCCAUUUUACGGUGGAAAACUUGACCGGUCCCUUUACACCGAUUUGCUGGAAUACAUUCGGUUUUUGAAAGACAAGGAAUCGCAGGGCCAGCAGACAGCGACUUUGGACUCGCGGGUCGCCGAGCUUGUUCAAAAGAAACAGAGCAACGGCUGCGAAAAGUGCGGGCUUGCCGACCAUCCAGAAACAAUACUCAUUUGCGAUGAUUGCAACAGGAAUUACCAUAUGAAGUGUCUCACACCUGUUCUGAACGAGGUUCCCUCCAACGACUGGUUCUGUGAGGAAUGUCUCAAGGGCACAAACGGUGACUAUGGGUUUGAGGAGGACUUUGAUUCCAUCUACACUAUUCGGGAAUUUGCUCAGGAAUGCAACGAGCUGAAGGAGGAGUAUUGCAAGAAAAUGUUUGGCGGGAAUAUGAAUCCUUCGAUCGACGCUAUUGAGAAGGAGUUCUGGCGACUCGUCAACACCGAAGACGAGGACGACGAGGACUUUGAAGUUCGGUAUGGGGCGGAUAUCCACAACGAUGGACCAGGAGAAAUAUCUGGGUUCCCGACAAGAACUCAUUCUUAUAAGAAGGAAUACGAAGGUUAUAUGGACCAUCCUUUGAAUUUGAUGAACCUGCCGUUUGCAAAAGGGUCGUUGUUGAAUUACAUGAACGAAAGAGACCAGAUUUCCGGAAUGACAAUUCCAUGGCUAUACAUCGGUUCCAUGUUCUCUACCUUUUGCUGGCACAAGGAAGAUCACUACACCUUGAGUGCCAAUUACUGUCACAUGGGAGCCACCAAAAAAUGGUACGGUAUACCUGCUACUGACUGCGAUAUGUUCGAGACUGUUUGUCAUGACCUGUGUCCAGACUAUUUCUCUAAACAGCCAGACCUGCUCCAUCAGUUGGUGACUCUCCUGUCCCCAGACAAGAUUGCCUCUUUGGUGAGACAGAAGUUUGGGUCCAAGAUCCGCAUUUACUAUGUGAACCAGCAACCGAACGAGUUCGUGAUCACGUUCCCGAAAGUGUACCAUGCUGGUUUCAACGCUGGUUUCAACGUCAACGAGGCCGUCAACUUCACCAUGCCGUAUUGGGUAAACUACGGCAAGGAGGCCAUCGACGAGUACAAGCUGGUGAGAAAGGAAAACGUGUUCAAUCACUACAACCUUUUGCGCAACAUCCUGGACCAUUUCGUGCUCCAAAAAGACGAAACUCCGUCGUGGUGGAUGGAGUUUGACUCGGACAGUCUCAUGGCUAUGGUGAAGAACUCACUAACCACGUAUCUUGGUGCUGCUCGGAACUACAAGCUCUGCGCGUCCAACGACAAGCUACAGAUGGUGCUUCAGACAUUGGACGUGGUGGACUCUGAGAAGUAUUGGAAAGAGCGGCAACGAGCACGCGAGGAAUGCAAGUCUGUGAAUUCCACCACUCGCAAGAGCAGAAUGAGUGUUGAAGAGGAAGCAGAGGAGAUUAUCUGUCUUGGUUGCAAAUCGAUUCCUGCAUUCAAGUGGAUGGAAUUUGAUGCUUUGAAGAAACUCGAGUACGAGGUGGAGAAAUACAACCAAUCGCAAGACUCGCUGCUGCCCACACCUAACCAAAGUCCCGUGCAGGAGCAGGACUCGAAAUUCAACAACGACGACCGAGAGUCGGUGAGUGGAGACGACGAUAGCUCGCGUGGUAAAAGAGCAGCUUCCGAUACGGAGGACGACGUGGUGAUCCGCAAAUCUCGGAGAUUAGCACGAAAGAGCGAAUCGCCGGUCGCGGAACCUGUGGACGUGGCUGCCAGACAGCACGGUAUGAAUCUGAGCUCGAUCAAGCGCAUCAAAAGAAGAAGGAAACAGUUCCCGCACUACGGGAAAGCCUACAUGUGUCUCGAAUGCUUACAGAAAGAAGGUGACAGGUUGGAAUUGAGCCAGUUGAAAAAAUCAGGGGCCAUUAUCCGGGAUCAGGAAGUGUGGGAACUGGAGAGUUACAUAAUUGACCAAUUGGGACUCAAAGUUGAGAUCUGA